AUGGCAAACAACAUCCUCUCUCUGCCUUUUCGCAAAACGAAUUCCGUGUCCCUCUCAACUGCGAUCAAACAGUACAUCUCCAGCAAAUAUGACCAGCACCCGGACAUGUUCAAGCAGGACCUCGAGGUCAUCGAUGCACUGCGGAGGGAUGCUGUACAUGUGAAGGAACCGCAUACGAGCGGUAUCAAGAAGAUUUCUGCGUAUGCAGGCCAGCUUUCCUGGAUGGGGGGUAAAUUUCCCAUAGAUAUUGGGGUCGACUUCACUUGGUAUCCGGCGCUGGGGUACAACGUCGAUCGGCCGAUCUCCCAAAAUAAUCUCAAGUUCGAGCUGGCGAACAUGCUCUACAACCUCGCCGCCCUCUACUCCCAACUGGCCAUGUCCUCGAACCGCGGUACAACCGAAGGCUUGAGAUCAGCAUGCAACUACUUCUGUCUCUCUGCGGGUGUGCUAUCCCAAAUCAAGAAUGUGAUAAUUCCAGACCUGCGCUCUACGCCCCCCGAAGAUAUGGACGACUCAACCCUCGAAUCUCUUCAGCAGCUUAUGCUGGCACAAGCCCAAGAAUGUUUUUGGCAGAAGGCGGUAAUGGAUGGAUACAAAGAUGCUUCUAUUGCGAAGCUGGCUGCAAGGGUCUCGGACUUCUAUGGCGCGGCAGGGGACUGGGGAGUGAAAAGUGAAGCGAUCAGUUCGGAGUGGAUACAUCACACCACGGCCAAACACCACCAUUUUGCUGCCGCAGCACAAUAUCGACAGGCAUGCGAUUGCUUGGAGAAGAGAAAAUAUGGGGAGGAAGUGGCUAGAUUGAGGGACAGUAUCUCUUGUGUCAACGAAGGGUUGAAGGAAGCGAGAUACUUGAAUAAAUUGGUGUUAGGCGAUUUGAAUGGACUGAAGAAUAAGGUUGCUGAGGAUUUGAAGCGGGCAGAAAAGGAUAAUGACCUGAUUUAUUUGAGCCCUGUGCCACCGAAAUCUGAGUUGAAAAUACUCGAGCGGGCGAACAUGGCCGUUGCCAAAGUUCCGAAGGAGAUCUCUGAGCCCGCUACUUUCAUCGGAGACAAGGGAGAGUUUGGACCACCACUAUUCGCCAAGCUCGUACCGUUCGCUGUUCAUGUCGCCGCCAGCAUUUAUGAGGAGAGGAGAGACAGGCUUGUCAAUACCAAUAUUGUCGAGGAGCUUGAAAUCCUCACUACCAAGAUCCAUGAUACCCUAUCCUCACUUAACCUUCCCGGGUCUCUCCAAGCUUUGGAGAAGCCAUUGGGAUUGCCACCGAGUCUCACAUCUCACGCCGAAGAGAUACGGCAGGCGGAUGCCCUCAAUCGAUUACAGAGAUCAUUUUCCGAUACUGCCAAACUCAAGGCCUCUGACGACGCUAUGUUUGCUGAAGGUCGGGAAUUACUUCAAGCCGAACAGUCCGAGAACGAAAAACUACUUAUGAAAUACGGAACCGACAGAUGGACACGUCUGGACUCCAAGUCUGCUGCUGCGAAACUGCACACCCAAGUCGGUGAGAUCGAAGGUUACCUCAGAAGCGCUCAGAACAGUGAUCAACUCGUCAUAAGCAAAUACCGCGAAUGCGAAGACAUGCUACGCGUUCUUUCGAGCUCCGACCGUGACAUUGCGAAUUUUGUCCCGAGCAGUCGCCGCGCAGCCAUUCCACCCAAGAUAGAAGAGGAAGUAGUUCGGUUACGGAAAAGUCUUGAUGAGCUCAAGCGCCUUGAGAAUCGGAGAGGGAGGAAGAUUGCAGCCUUGCGCGACAAGGCUAAGAAGGACGAUAUCAACAAUAGUAUUCUCAAUGAGGCGGCGCGCCUGGAGCGGGAUUAUCCCAGCCAGAUCCUGGUGCCUGCGCACUUUGAAGAAUUUUUCGAGCACCGGUUGUCGAAAUAUGAUGCUGAUCUUGCGAGUCUGAGAGCGGAGGCUGAGGAGCAGGACCUUCUGAUUAGUCAACUCGAGACUGCAAAUGCAGCUUUCGUAAUGGCGAGGAAGGGCGAUAACAGUUCAAGAGAACGCGAACAGGCGCUACAGCGGCUAGAAAAUGCAUAUUUCAAGUAUAAGGAGAUAGUCAGCAAUUUGGAAGUUGGGAGGAAGUUCUACAACGACCUAGCGAAGAUCGUGGGCCGUUUCAGAGACGGAGCGAGGGCGUUUGUCGACCUCGCCCUCCCUCCACUCUCCUCCCUCAAGCUCCGUCAACAACAAGAGGCCAACCCUCCCACCCCUCGCACUUACAACUCUCCUGCCCCUCCCCAGCCCCGCGCCCCAAACAACGAAGACUCGCACAUCCCAGCCCCGGUCCCCCAACGCGCGGGACCCAAUCUGACAAGCCCCACGGCUGUCGUCCCGGCGACCUGGAAUCCAGACAUGGGCAUCAAGUUCGGCGGCGUGGGGGGUGCUAGUGGCGGGAACGGUGGUGGACCGGGCGAGAACAUGGCGCCGCCGCCACCGCCGCCGCCACAGCAGCAGCAGCAGCCACAACAAACGUGGGAUCCGAAUCGGGGCUUCAAGUUUGGGUAG